AUCACCUGCUGUCCUACCCGCUCUCCUGCCUGCUGUGCCUGAUCACAGUCAUGCUGCCUGGGGGGCAGAAGAGGAAGCUCCACACCGUCUCAGAAGAGAAACGCCACCAGGACCGAGGUGUUUCUCGCACAAGAUCACGUGAAGGAGCCAACUGCAAAAUUGAGAAGAAACGAAGUUCCUGCGAGGCCCCACUCUCCAUUGUGCAGUCUCCAAGAGACCCUCUGAGCAAGAUGACGGGUAUGUUGGUGCAGUUUGUGAUGCACAUGUACAAAAGGAAAAAGCCCAUUAUGAAAGCAGAUAUGCUGAAGAUUGUCAAUAAAAAGUACAAAAAUCGCUUCCUUGAGAUCCUCCAAAGAGCUUCUUUCAGUAUGGAGGUGGUAUUUGGUGUUGACUUAAGGGAAGUAGAUUCUACCAAGCGUUCCUAUAUCCUUGUCAACAAAAUGGACCUUCCCAACAAUGGGAUCGUGAACCGUGGCAGGGGCUUUCCCAAGACCGGUCUCCUAAUGAAUCUCCUGGGUGUGAUCUUCAUGAAGGGCAACUGCGCCACUGAGGAGGACAUCUGGAAAUUCCUGAAUAAGAUGAGGGUAUACGCUGGGAAGAGGCACUUCAUAUUUGGGGAGCCCAAGAAGCUCAUCACCCAAGAUUUGGUGAAGCUUAAGUACUUGGUAUACCAGCAGGUGCCCCACAGUGACCCUCCGUGCUAUGAAUUCCUGUGGGGCCCAAGAGCCCACGCUGAAACCAGCAAGAUGAAAGUCCUGGAGUUUUUGGCCAAGAUUAAUCAUACAGUCCCCAGUGCCUUCCAGUCUUGUUAUAAAGAGGCUUUGAAAGAAGAGGAAGAGAGAGCCCAAGCCACAGUUACACUAAGGGCUGACACCAGUGCCAUGGCCAGUAGUAAGAGUCGUGCUGUUUUGCAAAAUGAAUUCGGAUAA